AUGUCGUCUUCGUCGUCGCCUUCUUCUUCUUCCGAAGACGAGAAUGGUAAUGGUACUGGUGGUGGCAGCCCCAGCGAAAGAAGAGCGGGAGAUUUUGAAGGGCCAUCGUCGUCUCGGCGACGUGCUGUUAACGAGGUCUUGCCGGAGCCUUUUGUCGAAGCUUUUGCUGCCCAAGUUGCCAUUGAAGCUUCUCACUCUACCGGCCGCCUUUCUGCGGCUCCUGCCCUUGCCAAUGUGUUUCAGGUUUGUUCCACGUGGCGUGCCGUCUCUCGCUCUGAUCUUUUAUGGCAACGCCUCACUGGACUCAUUUGGGGCCGGACUCAACUACUUCUUGACUCAUGGCACAACGAGUACGUUUACUGGCAUCGGACGGCCCAGAACUUCAGCAUGCGCAGGUCAUUGCACGCUACGCUCGACUUCUUCGACCAGAUUGAAGUGGAUGACCCUGAUGUCAACUCCUGCCGUUGCCUCACUCUCUCCGAUCGCCACCUCGCCUGUGGAUUCUCCGACGGUGCGGUCCGCCUCUUCGACCUUGAUGGCCUGGCCCACGCUCGCACUUUCUUUCUUCCACCACAGAAUAUUUUUGGUCCGUUUUCACGGGCCGUGUCCGGUAUUGUUAUCGUCGACGAAGAUACGAGGCUAAUCUUCGCUACAAUGGAUGGGGAUAUCAACGUGGGGAUCAUCGGUGGUCCAGAUCCGGCGCCAAUUCCUAACAGGGUCUGUGCUGGUAGAAUGAUGGAAGACGGGGCGCUGGUGGACUUCACCGGCUGCGAUCGAUGGUGGGUAGGGCUCUACGCUGGCGUACCGGGCCAGGCAUUCCACAUAUGGGACGCUAUCACUGCGGAGCUAGUUUUCAUGGGAGGGGGGUUGACCGACCCGGAAGCGGUAUUGGGUUGGCACAUGUUUACGGAGGUGACGGAGUUCGUGGGUCGGGUCCGAGUUACGAAUCAGGAAUCGGCUUUGGCUUGUACAAGUUCGAGGGUGAUUGUUUUCGACCUGAGGAACCAAGGAAUGGUGUUGAGGGAUCAAGAGUACAGAAGAGGCCUAGUGGUGACAUCGGUGGAUGUAAGCGAGGAGGCAUUCGUAAGCGUGGACAGACGAGGGGUGGGUAGAGUACGGAGAGUGGGAACGAUGGAGGAAGUGUGUAGGUUUAACGUGAGGGGGCGUGGUGGCGUGGUGGGGUGCAUGAACCGGGGGUACGCGCUAAUGUGCUCGGGUGGUGUGAUAAGAGUGUGGGAGGCAGUGAGCGGUGAAUUCCGGUACAAUUUUGGAGAGAGAAUAGGAGAGGUGAAUGCUAUGGUGGCAAACGAGAGGCACGUGGUGGCAUCAUCAAGGGACUCGGGAAUACACAUAUGGGAUUUUGGUGCACAGUAG